CUCUCUGUGUUUAGAAUACUGUGAAGCUCCACGCUCAGAGCCAGGACUUGCAAAAGGAGUUGGACAGCAAAGAGGAGCAAGUGAAACAUCUGGUCCAAACGCAGGCACAGUUACAGGCAGAACUUGCCUCCCUGCGCAAUAAGGAGAAUGAGGCCAUCACUGAAACUGAGAUGCUCAAAGUGACCAAUCAGGAGCUGGAGACGAGGCUGGAACAGAUCCAACAGGAUCUUCAGGAAGCCCAGGAUCAGCUAUUGGAUCAACAGCAGGAAGCAGCUCGCCGAGUGGAGACAGAAGGAGAGCGGGAGCAACCUCCCAGCAAUGAUGGACUGUACGUCACUGAAGUCGAUCCACAGGAAGAGGCCAGGCAGAGGUGGGGAUCUGACACCAGUCAGAGGUUUACACCGUCCGAGUGGCCUCAGAGGAACUUGAGAAGUCCAGGCCAUGUGGCCCGCAUCAUUUCAAUUGAAGAAGAACCACUGCCACUACAGGUCCAGGAGGAUGCUGGGAUACAAAGGUUAAGGCUCAUCAGACAGGAAGUUGACAUGAGCACCGUUGAAGAUGGAGAUACAGUCUUCGAAGAAAGAGCAGAACCUUUAUGGAGUGAAGGAGAGACACAUCCUAUAAAAGAGUUACAGGCGGAGCUUGUCUCUCUGCGCAGUAAACAGAAAGAGGCCAUCACUGAGAUUGAGAUGCUCAAAGUGACCAAUCAGGAGUUGGAGACAAAGCUGGAGCAGAUCCAACAAGAUCUUCAGGAAUCCCGGGAGCAGCCAGUAGAUCAACAGGAAGAGUCAUUUCGCCGAGAGGAGACAGAAGGUAAACACAACGAGGCAAUCGCUGAGAUUGAGAAGCUGAAAGUGACCAAUCAGGAGCUGGAGACAAAGCUGGAGCAGAUCCAACAGGAUCUUCAGGAAGCCCGGGAUCGGCUGGUGGAUCAACAAGAGGAAGCAGCUGAGCGAGAGGAGAGAGAAGGUAAACACAACGAGGCAAUCGCUGAGAUUGAGAAGCUGAAAGUGACCAAUCAGGAGCUGGAGACAAAGCUGGAGCAGAUCCAACAGGAUCUUCAGGAAGCCCGGGAUCGGCUGGUGGAUCAACAAGAGGAAGCAGCUGAGCGAGAGGAGAGAGAAGGGUAAGGG